CUCCAGUACAGUAGGAGGCGCUGCAGCUCUUUGGUCCGCCGAUAAACCUAGAAAGAAAGAAAAGAGCUCGCGUGUGAUGUGUUUGUGUAUCCUCAGUGUUUUUCAUUCUUGAGUGUUUUAUUGAGUGUAAACAGAGUCUUGUCUCUGUGUAUUUAAGCGUUGAUGAUGAGAGAUGAGAUGGAUGUGAUGUGCUGUAAAUCAGUAGGAACUGAUCUGUCCAUGCUGGAUAUUGAUGAUUUCAUCACAGAAAUCUCUCAACUGAAGAAAGAGGUGGCGUUACUGGAGGCAAAGCUGAGGUCAAGAGGAGAUGAAGGACUAAAUGGAGAGGAUGUGGAUGUGGUUUGUUGUGAAUCUUCCACACAGGACUCCGAGCUCAGUCUGACUUUACUCUGUUAUACUGAGUCAAAGCCCACAGACACUCAGGACACUACAGUGUGUGACAGUAAUCAGGGCUUACAGGAUGAUCAAACCUCCUCAGAGUCUCUGGAUUCUGUCUGUAACGCUGGAGAACAGCAGCAGAUCCUGCAGACCAAACUGAAGAUGUGUUCAGUUAAACUCAUCGAUUGCAGGAACCUCAUGAUGAAAAAUAAAACUGAACCCACAGAAGAGGAAGAUCACACUGAGGAAGAUGAGGUCUUUGAUGAUGAUGAUGACAUUCAUGAUGAUGGUGUUGGUGGUAAUGAUGAUGAUGAUGACAUUCACGAUGAUUGUGAUGAUGACAUUCACGAUGGUGGUGAUGAUGAUGAUGGUGGUGGUGAUGAUGAUGAUGAUGACGACAAUCAUGAAAAUGGUGGUGAUGAUGAUGAUGACAUUCAUGAUGAUGAUGGUGGUGAUGAUGACAAUCAUGAUGAUGGUGGUGAUGACAAUCAUGAUGAUGAUGACGAUUUUAUUCCUUCAGGUGUGAAGAGUGAUUCAUGUUGUGAUGGAGAAAUAAUGCCUUCAACAUCAAAAGAGCGACGGACAGCACAAACGCUUUCCUGCAUCACCUGUGGAAAGACAUUCAGCACACAGAGACGUUUAGAGAGACAUGAGAGAAAACACACAGAACAGAAACUUCAUUCAGAAGAGCACAAUGAGAAGAAGAAGCAGUAUCACUGUAAGCGGUGUGGGAAGGAUUUUGUCUUCUAUCGUGGUCUGAAACGCCACAUGAUGACACACAGUGAUGAAAAAUCUUUCCACUGCACUGAAUGUGACAAAUAUUUCAGCACCGAAGAAAAUCUUGAUGUUCAUAAGAGAAGCCACACGGGAGAAGAACCGUACAAGUGUCCUCACUGUGAGAUGAGAUUCAGCGACGGAUCCCAUCUGAAGACACACGUGUGUUUACAAAACAAUGAGAGAUCGUAUCAGUGCGGUGAGUGUGAAAAAACAUUUAAGGAUUUUCCAGCUGUGAAGAAACAUCAUAAAAUUCACUCUGGACCAAAACUCUUUCAAUGUUCACACUGCGACAAACGUUACAGUCGGAAACCUCAGCUGAUAGUCCACGAGAGAAGUCACACUGGAGAGAAACCCUUCGUCUGCUCUCACUGUGGAAAGAGCUUCGCUGAUCCAUCUCAUUUCAGAGUUCAUCAAAAGGCGCACACAGAAGAAAAAUCGUAUCACUGCGAUGUUUGUGGGAUGAGUUUUAAUCGUAACAGCACUUUAUUUAUGCACCGUAAACGUCAUACAGGUGAAAAGCCUUUCAAAUGCGCUCACUGUGACAAGACGUUUAUUUAUAUAGGUGUCCUGAGAGCCCAUGAGAGAGUUCACACCGGAGAGAAACCUUGCCUCUGCUCCAUCUGUGGAAAGUGCUUUUUUGAUUUAAAUACUUUAAAAGUUCAUCAGAGAAUUCACACCGGAGAGAAACCUUAUCAAUGUAGCGUUUGUGAGAAAAGUUUCAGUCGACGUGACGUUUUAGUGUCACACAUGAGAACUCAUACGGGUGAAAGACUUCACAAAUGCACUCUGUGUGGGAAGACGUUCGCUCGAUCGGAUGUCCUGAGAACCCAUCUGAGAGUUCAUACCGGAGAGAAACCGUACCGCUGCUCGAUCUGUGGAGAGAGAUUCGCUCAUUUAGCAAGUUUUCACAAUCAUCAAAAGAAGCAUGCGAAGGAACAAACUACACCGAGAUCAUCAGACUGUCUUUCUGUUUUGACUCAACAAGAGCUCCCUGACUAAACAUUAGCAUUUGAAUAACUGAAAAAGUGAAAAAUGAUUUAGAAAAAGAUGACAGCAUCAAUGUUUUAUGUUUACGUAGAGAUUUGUUAGUUGGCUGUUCUUGUUGCAUUAAUUGCCAAAAGUGACUGUUCAAAAAUGAUGAAUGCUAUUGUGUUUUAGGGCGGAACCACAGUUGGGGGGGAUAACAAUUUUAUAUCUACUGCAUAUCAUACGACAACCACAUUGCAUAUUCAAAUUUUAAUAAACAAAACUACUACUAAAGCAAAAUAUAAAAAUAUUGAAGGGUGUACACCUGAAGAUUUGCUAUUGGCUGUUGUAUUUGAAUAAAUAAUGAGUUGAGUGUUAGAAA